AUGUCUCAUCAUAAUCGAACGCAUACAUUACGAAGUCUUGCACCAUCAUCAGCAGCUGCUGUAGGUAUCGAUGGUUUAACUAUACAAUCGAUGCUACAUGAAGGACGUAAUAAAACAUCUAAUAAUUGCACUUUAACACAAACAAAUAUAUCAGCUACAGAAAUUGAAUGGCGAAACAUUGACUAUUGUUUAAUAGACGAAAUUUCAAUGGUUGGUUGUUACAUGUUAGCUCGACUUCAUAGAAUAACUACAAUAGCAAAACAUGCUGAACCAACAAUUCCAUUUGGUGGUAUUAAUAUGAUAUUUCUAGGUGACUUUGUACAGUAUCCACCAGUGCUUGAUCGACCACUCUAUUCAAAUAUAUUAUCACCCACUGAUACUUUAGCUAGUACUCACAAUACUAUUAACCAAACUCAUAGACGAGGUAAUAUAACUGAACGUGAUAUACAAUGCAAAGUUGGACGUGCACUUUGGCUCCAAGUGAAUAACGUAUUCUUUUUGACAGAACAAAUGCGUAAUAAAGAUCCAU